AUGAGCCGUACUUGUGGAAUACCUGAUCAAUUGAUAAGAAUGUACGUGCAUGAAAAUGAAUUUCAUUCAACUUUUACCUUUUGUAACUCCUAUUCAUGUGGUGGACAUUUUGGAGCAAAAAGGACUGCUCUCAAGGUGUUUGAAAGUGGAUUCUAUUGGCCCAUCCUAUUCAAAGAUGCAUUCCUCUUUUGCAAAUCUUAUGAUCGAUGUCAAAGAGUAGGCAUUGAUUUCAUGGGACCUUUCCUUUCAUCUUAUGGUAACCUUUACAUCAUUCUUGCCAUUGAUUAUGUGUCAAAAUGGGUGGAAGCAAGGGCCACUCGAACUAAUGAUUCUAAAGUGGUUGUAGAUUUUGUUACAUCCAACAUUUUUGCAAGGUUUGGAACACCAAGAGCUAUUAUUAGAGAUGGAAGACUACAUUUUUGCAACCACUCCUUUUGGGCUCUAUUGAAAAGAUACAACAUCACCCAUAAAGUGGCUACACCUUAUCAUCCGCAAACUAUUGGAAAGUAUUGGAGUCUCCGCCUCAAUGAUGCACUUUGGGCUUAUAGGACGACAUACAAAACACUGAUUGACAUGUCCCCUUAUCGGUUAGUUCAUGGUAAGCCUUGUCAUCUCCCGGUUGAACUCGAACACAAGGCAUUUUGGGCAGUCAAGCAAUGCAACAUGGACCUAGGUGUAGCGAGUGAUCAAAGAAAGCUUCAACUCAAUGAACUUGAGGAAAUUCGAAAUGAUGCUUAUGAAAGUUCAAGAAUUUACAAGGAAAAAACUAAGGCGUACCAUGAUAAAAUGAUUUCAAGAAAGGCUUUUGUUGUUGGACAAAAAGUUAUUUUCCACUCGCACCCUAAGUUAUUUCCAGGUAAAUUACGUUCUCGAUGGAUUGGCCCUUUUGUUGUUACUAAUGUCUUUCCUCAUGGUGCAGUAGAAAUCAAAAGCCUUCAGUCUGAGAAAGAGUUUAAGGAAAAAGUUGCCUACCCUAAGGUGUGUGAGUCAGCAUUGAGUAAUCUGGCCCUAUGCAUCACCAAUGUGUAG